ACUUCCCUAUCGGCUGGGCUUUAGAGAGAGGAAGACAAGGCAGGAUAUUUCAUGUAAACGUUUUAUUUAGAGUUAUUUCAGUUUUACAGCGGAUUUCUGAUUACACGAGGAAACUGAAUAUAUUGUUUUGCAUCAGUUGAAGUUCGAAAGUUGAGAUAUCGGGAUAUAAUCGAAAGCACCGAGUAAUACUGAAGCAAUUCUUUGUUAACCGAACUCGACAGGAUAUCCACAUGAAAAUCCAUGAUAUACAUAAUAGUGGCGUUCUUCGUUCUUCGGCGUUUGGUGAAAACGAUGCUGUAGACGCUUUUUGGUGCCCACCCAACGAAGACGAAUUCGAAGAAAUUGAUUGUAAAUACCUAGCAGACAAACUAGAGAACUCUCUCCGGCAAGCGAAGCUGAAACUCCAUUGUGACGAGGUGAUUUUUCCUACUAACUUGAAUCACCGAAUUGCUCGAGACAUAAUGCACAUGUCGGUACAGGAACCUUGCGGUUGGCGUGGUUGUGUUAUUUACAUCAAUCUGGAAGAGAAGAAGCUACGUCGCCAUAUUGGAAAGGUCAAGUGUGACCCGGAUGCAGUGGCUACUUUCGAAGUGUUUCUCAACCUCAAGACAGAAUGGAGUAGUUGGUUUAGUAUGAAACAGAAAAUAAAGGUUCGAAUGGGUUUCAAGUCAGCUGUUGUUAUAAGCGAAGGAUACACUUUGAAUAAGAAUAAACUAUAUCGCUCUUCAAGUUUACAUUGAUUGUAUCACGACAAAAAGGUGUACACAAAGUAGACUUCAUUUCAUCGAAAUCACUGACGAUUUUUAGGCGUCAUGAUGCAUGAGUGGUUUCACGACAUCAUAUGUUUCAUUGCAGCUAGAAGUUGGCUUCUUUUUUUUUUUCCUUCAUGGAAAUAUUGUUCGGUGUAGAAUAUAUUACACUUACAUAGGUUGGAAACUUUGUUGGAUUUAGAACGUAUUUUUACGAUAAUAUUGGGCGAUAAAUACUGUGAAUGAAUGUAAGCGAAAGUUUACUUAGGUGGGAACCAUUUUGGGUGAAUGUACUGUUAGGUUGGAUGAAGAAAAAUGAUAUAUAUACUAAGACUGGAAACAAAACACUGUUAGACGUGAAAUGUAUUGUUAGUGGAUAAACACACUGUUAGACGUGAAAUGUAUUGUUAGUGGAUAAACACACUGUUAGACGUGAAAUGUAUUGUUAGUGGAUAAACACACUGUUAGACGUGAAAUGUAUUGUUAGAGGAUAAACACACUGUUAGACGUGAAAUGUAUUGUUAGAGGAUGAACACACUGUUAGACGUGAAAUGUAGUGUUAGUGGAUAAACACACUGUUAAACGUGAAAUGUAUUGUUAGAGUAUAUACACACUGUUAGACGUGAAAUGUAUUGUUAAUGGAUAAACACAUUGUUAGACGUGAAAUGUAUUGUUAUAGGAUAAACACACUUUUAGACGUGAAAUGUAUUGUUAGAGGAUAAACACAUUGUUAGACGUGAAAUGUAUUGUCAGUGGAUAAACACACUGUUAGACGUGAAAUGUAUUGUUAUAGGAUAAACACACUUUUAGACGUGAAAUGUAUUGUUAGUGGAUAAACACACUGUUAGACGUGAAUGUAUUGUUAAUGGAUAAAUACACUGUUAGACGUGAAAUGUAUUGUUAGUGGAUAAACACACUGUUAGACGUGAAAUGUAUUGUUAGAGGAUAAACACAUUGUUAGACGUGAAAUGUAUUGUUAGAGGAUAAACACACUGUUAGACAUAAGAGCCUAGGUGGUAAACUUAAUACGUUAGCUCCUCUGAGUUAUUUUAUGAAAUUGGUUACGAAAUAAAGGACUGAUGUGUUAAUUUAUUCACUUUUAAUACAACGGCGAAUAAUCAAAAUUCAGCACAGAGGAAAAUAGGGGUUUGAUCCAUGUCGUCUCCACAACGUGAUAUCAACAGUUCUUAAGUGUGAAUCCAGCGAAUCGGCUCAAACAUGGCAGGUAAUCGGUUAGAAAACGUGAAACCCCUAUGUUAAAGUGCGCGUUAGAUAUCGUGUUCUCACAAAUUAUAUCAUUUUCAUCAAGAGAAAAGAAGGUAACAAGAAGUGUUACGUGUUUAAGUUGUACGUAUUAAGAAUGGUUCUGUAGCUCAAAUAUGUAAAUAAAAUUUAGGCCUUUCUUUCAUCUUCAUGCAUACGAAA